GUCGACACGUCGAUAUCCGAGCUCAGCUGCACCAACCCGGAAUGUUUUUGUGCAGCACCUCCGAACACGGAAGUGAAACGCCGCUGCCUUGUUUACGUCUCCGUCGUUGCCCCGAGAAGUAAACAUCAUUUGGUGAAACAGGAUGGCGGUGAGCGCCGUCCACCUGGAGUCGGACGCCUUCCUCGUGUGUAUGAAUCACGCGCUGAGCACGGAAAAGGAGGAGGUGAUGGGUCUCUGCAUUGGGGAGGUGGAGAUCGCCAAGAUCGUCCACAUCCACUCCGUCAUCAUCCUCCGCCGCUCGGACAAGAGGAAGGACCGCGUGGAGAUCUCCCCGGAGCAGCUGUCGGCCGCCUCCACGGAGGCGGAGCGGCUGGCCGACACGACCGGCAGGCCGAUGCGGGUGGUCGGCUGGUACCACUCCCACCCGCACAUCACCGUGUGGCCCUCCCACGUCGACGUGAGGACGCAGGCGAUGUACCAGAUGCUGGACCAGUGCUUCGUGGGCCUCAUCUUCUCCUGCUUCAUAGAGGACAAGAACACCAAGACGGGCCGGGUGCUUUACACCUGCUUCCAGUCCGUGAGCGCGCAGAAGGGCUCCGAGUACGAGCGCGUCGAGAUCCCCGUCCACGUCGUGCCGCGCGAAGCCAUCGGCAAGGUGUGCCUGGAGUCCGCCGUGGAGCUGCCGCGGAUCCUGUGCCAGGAGGAGCAGGACACGUACCGCAAGAUCCACAGUCUGGCGCACCUGGACCCCGUCACCAAGAUCCACAACGGCUCGGUGUUCACCAAGAACCUGUGCAGCCAGAUGUCGGCGGUGAGCGGGCCGCUGCUGCAGUGGCUGGAGGACCGGCUGGAGCAGAACAAGCAGAGCAUCGCGGAGCUGCGGCGGGAGAAGGAGCGGCUGCUGCUGGAGCUGGCCGCGGCGUGAGCCGGGAGGAGGGCUGUCCGCAUAAUGGACACGGCGCACCUGUUCGGGCUGGUUUUUGUUUAUAAAUGUCGUUGUUUAAAUCUCUACUGUAGGACAUCAUAUUUAGGGAUAUUGUCUUACAAUUUUGCGGCUGCAAAUAACGUUUAUUUUCACUGACAAAUAUUUUCUCACUACCUUAAUUGAUCAUUUGGUAAAGUGUCCCUAGAAAUAUCUCUUGUAAGAUCCUGAAUUUUCAAUCAUUAAACUCUUCACCUGAUAACAUUUAAGAGGCUGGAACCAGAACAUUUUUCGCAAUUUUGGCCAGAAAGUUCUUUAGAAAGCAGUUGAAAUACCAAAUUGUGUUCUUCCAUAAAAUCAACUAAUCAAUGAAUGAACUGAUUGUUUUAUCUCAAGUCCCCUCAGCUGCCAUCUGUCAUCGUCUAAUUAGCACAACAACGCUACCUGAAAGUAGCACCGCAUCUUAAAUAAAGUGCCUUUAGAGCCUUUAGAGAGGAAGAUUAAGGGAUUCUGUAUUUGCUCAUAUGACGUUAGCAUGAAACGGGUCAUUUAGCCAAUGUUUGCACGACAUUUCAGUCUCCCCCCCGCCCCCCCAAGGCACGUUUCAAUCCUAUGAUAAUGGACCAUUACAUUCAAUGCCUAUCUAAUCCAAAGUGUUACACUAAUGAGACAUUUCUUCCACCGGUUUGGAUUAGAUGGGCAUUUAUUGUAAACAAAAUGAUAGACAGCCGUUCCAUAGAGGAGGGGGCUGAAGGACAGCAGCUACUGAGGAGAUAUUAUAAUAUAUUUUGAGCAAUAUUGAUUACUUAUCUCUUUAUACAGUUGUACGCUGAUUUUGAUAUCUAUAAUAUAAAUAAAAACAGCUUCAAAUAUAUACUUUGUAACCGUGUUGUGGGGCAUUUUGGACUAUAUGAGUUCCUUAAGGGACAGGUUGCACACGGCAAGGUAGCUCGCAGCUCCCUUUCCAUAGCAAGUUUUCCGAUAAAAACUCAUGCCAUCACCUGUGGUGACACAUACAGUCCAGAGGGGAAACGAAAGCUUUAGUUUGAAUAAAAAUUGGGAAGACAUGUUUGAUCUUAAUGAUGAUAAUGAACAAGAAGGCUGUUUAUCUUUCUGUCUGAUGCUGGUGUUGUACAUUUCCUUUAUCUGCGGUGUUGGGAACUGGCCCCAUUUCGGGGAAAAUGCUGGAAAUACAUUAUUAAUAUUAAAUAUUAUAUAUUAAAUUAACUUUGAUUUGUUUAUCAUUGCCUAUUGGCUAUAGGCUUACCAUGACGUGUAUUGCCUCCACAACUGUUGGAAUAAAUAAAUCUGAUGAACUGCA